AUGUUCACCCGCAACGAAACGGUGAACGCGUCGGUGACGCAGGGAUUUGAGGAGCUCAUCACGUACCACAUUGUGAACACUUCGCUCGGAGCCAUCUCCACUCUCGUCAACACCCUUCUCAUUAUCAUAUUUCUCAGCUACCGACCAUUUAGAACACGAUAUGUGGUGAGUUGUCUUUUCGCGAAAAAAUAUCAGCGACAUGUUUUCUCUUUCAGCUUCUGAUCCUGCUCAACGUGGGAGACCUUAUCAACAGCACGGCCAUCGUGCUGACGGGUCUCAACAGAAUCGAGUUGUACUCGACUGCCAUUCGUUCGAUGACCCUUCCGGUCAGAACGUCGCUCGAGUGCGCCGUCGAACCGUGGCUAAUUCUGAAGCUCAUCGGUCAGUUUGCACGUUAUCUUGAUGGGCGGCUGCACACAGAAAUAAGCUUCCUUGUAGCAACAUGUGAUCCUUUUCCUCCUUCUCCUUCUCCUUCGCUUCUUUUUUUGUUUGCUGCGUGAAAACGUCGAUCUAUCCGUGGGUGUACUUUAUUGCAAUGUGAUAUCCCCAAGAAGGAAGAGGGUGUCGCUUCCGUUCUAUGACGUGGAAGUCAACGAGCGGGAGGGUGAGAAUCUGGAAGGAAUUCAGAUGAAACACAGUUUGGGUAAACACUUAGAGAGUGCGAUGCAAAAGAAAUAUUGUCGAAAACAACAUGACCAAGAAAGGGACACUUUCGUCGCUUCGAAUAACAUCCGGAUGUAUUUUCAGGCGAUAUCCUCAUCCCGGUUUCCACGUUCUGGAUGGGUGUCGAACGGCUUGUCGCCAUCCUUUUCCCCAUCUUCUACCGCUUCUCAGUCGAUGGAAAAGCCGUAAAGUGAGCAUCUCAAGCCUACUAUUUUCCACGUCAUCAACUCUUUCAGAUAUCUGAUCGUGCCGGGAAUCAGUCUCCUCUUCGUUUUCCUCUCAAUCUGCGUCGCUUUCUAUCUCGCGUUCACUGAGAAUCACCCGACAAGCUUCUACUGCGGAAGAAAGGCGGCUUUCGGACAGGGCUUCGGCACGUUCAUCUAUUGCUGCAACAUCACUUGCAACGUGGCAAGCACCAUAUUCGCCACUGCUGCAUACUUCAAAGCUUUAAUCUUUCCAAGACACAGUGAGAAUGCCAGGAUCUUCGCAAAACACUUGAAUGCUUUCAGACCACGGAUGCAGCGGCAGGUCAAUGUGAUCCGUUACUAUCUGCUCAUUUCCGUCCUCUCAACUCUUUUGGUUUCCCUGCCGAACACCAUUGCUCUAUUCCAGUUGUACGUCGAAAAAGUGAGCUUGCCCCUCUUUAUCUCGUGUGAUUAACUGAAAUUGUUUCCAGGUGAGCGACAGUCUGUCGAAGCCUGCCUACUGGAUGCAGACCAUCAACAGCGGCAUCCACUUCUUUGUGUACUUGGCUUUGAACAAAGAAUUUCGGGCGAGGACCUUCCGAAUGUUCAAGAUGGUUCACUCGGAGGAAAUGUCACUUUCCAGUAAGUUCCUUCUGAAACCAGCUCCGCUUUUAACGUAUUCGGUUUCAGAGAAGCACUCCCCGGAUGGCUGCGAGACUCCCCUUCGAGGCUCUGCCAAAACGCUGACAGCCAGAACUGCCUAA